GUUCCAUGAAUAUAGUGCCAUAAUAUGUAUAAUUUUAAAGAUAGAAUUACAAAAUACACAGGAAAUUAUAAAACUCCAGAUGAUAUAAACAAUUUAAAAAUAAGGAUCAGACUGAAACAAGAGAUUUUUGAAGAUACCGCUGAUAAAAACGUUGAUUGGUAUGUUAAAGAAUUUCUUUGGCAAGAUAAGUACUUCAGUAAAUGUGAACAAGAAUUUUAUCAGGAUCUGAGAAAUUGUGAUACAGAUUUGAGCAGGAUUUACAAUGAAAAGAUUGUUACUAGGGAAACAAACGACGAUUCCAUAUUUUUCACUCGCACUAACGAGGAUGAAUUUGAUGGGGAUAAGGGAAAAUGGGACAAAACGGAUUUGGAAACAUUAUUAGAAAAAGUGGAUUUGAACAAGGAACAUAAACCUAUUUAUAAUCAUAAUUUCGAGGAUUCCGUAAUAAAUUCCAUAGAGAACAAAGUUAUACCAAACAUCGUAGAAAAAAUGUAUAUUCUUGCAGAUUUGGGAGAAUACAUCGACGAUAUAUGGAUAAAAAACGAAUUCAUAUUAUGUACAUUGAAAUAUGAAAAAGUUUCCAAGACUUUUUCAAUUUAUCCAGAUUUUACUACUACAAAACCGUAUAUUUUAAGAAUACAGGGGGAAUGCUUGAAAUACGUUCACUACUUUAUUGAAAAUGCAUCUGCAAGUAUUCAAACAGUUGAGGAAUUUAAUGAAAUGAAUAUAAUGACAAAGGUUGCCGAAAAGAAGAAUUUUCUAAUAAAAGAACUAACUGGGGAUGAAUUCUUCGUUCCUCCAAAGAACAAACUCUUCGUUUAUUUGUUUAUCGAUAUUUUAUCAGCCCAAGGUUUCGAAUACAACAACUUGUAUUUACAAUAUUUCGUCGAUCUUCCUGAAUAUUGGACUUGCGAUGAUUUAGUUAAUCUCGAAGGAGUCACACAAACAGGUCAUUGGACAAAUGGAGAAGGAUUAGUACAUUUUGGACAUAACUUUGAUUUAGUUUUGGAAUACGAUAUUCAGUCCUUAUCAGAAAUGAAAACCCCAAAGUCACCUUGUAUAUACUUCCAAAUAAUCUCGAAGGGAUCUUUUGAUCGUUACAGAACGGAAGGGUUAGCGUACCAAAACAUUCCCGUUUCCAGACCAGGAUGCUAUUUAUACAAUUUAUCUUGUUAUCGAUUCGAUCCUGUGGGGUAUUCGGAAAAAUUGAGACGAUUUUUCAUUGGAGAUGCGUACAACUACAAAGAUCCUAGAUGGAUUGGAGUUCCAAAGGAGGAAGAGUGCGAGAAUGGAGUUUUCAAUAAAUUCAGCACUUAUACAAUUGGAACUGGACAACUCCAAGUACGAUUGAACGUGCUUCAUCAAUCUCAAGCUUUUUUGAGAGAAUUUAAGGAAAGAGAUGUCAAAGAGAAAUUUAUUUACGAAAAAUUAAAUUCUUCUAGUCUAAUUAAAAGUGUGAAUCAAGUUUUAGUUGCAUUUAAAAAAGCAAGACGAAAAAUGUAUGAGGUUAAAAAAGAAUUAUAACCAUCAAAAUUUA